AUGAGAAGAAACUUUACCAUAGUGACUGAAUUUAUUCUUCUGGGGCUCACCAAUUGUCUGGAAUUGCAGAUCCUCUUCUUUGUGCUGUUUCUGGCAGUUUACAUGGUCACAGUGGCAGGGAAUCUCAGCAUGAUUAUACUCAUCGAAGUCAAUGACCAGCUCCAUACACCCAUGUACUUCUUCCUGAGCCACUUAUCCUUUGUUGAUCUGUGCUUCUCUACCAAUGUGACACCAAAGAUGCUGGAGACUUUCUUAUCAGACAAGAAAACCAUUUCCUAUCCUUCUUGUCUGGUGCAGUGUUACCUAUUUAUUGCCUUGGUCCAUGUUGAAGUCUAUAUCCUGGCUGUGAUGGCCUUUGAUUGGUACAUGGCCAUCUGCAACCCUCUCCUUUAUGGCAGAAAAAUGUCCAAGAGUGUCUACACAUCCCUCAUCGUGGUGCCUUAUGUGUAUGGAGCACUCACUGGGCUGAUGGAGACCAUGUGGACCUACAACCUAAUUUUCUGUGGCCCCAAUGAAAUUAAUCACUUCUACUGUGCUGACCCUCCACUGAUUAAGCUGGCUUGUUCUGACACCUACAACAAAGAAAUAUCAAUGUUUGUUGUGGCUGGAUGCAACCUUUCUGUGUCUCUCCUCAUCAUCCUUAUUUCUUACUUUUAUAUUUUUCCUGCUAUCCUGAGAAUCCACUCCUCAGAGGGGAGGCUAAAAGCUUUCUCUACUUGUGGAUCACAUCUGACUGCUGUCACUAUAUUCUAUACAACUCUUUUUUUCAUGUAUCUCAGACUCCCCUCAAAGGAAUCUGUGGAACAGGGAAAAAUGGUUGCCAUCUUUUAUACUACAGCAAUUCCCAUGUUGAACCCUAUGAUUUAUAGUCUAAGAAAUAAGGAUGUGAAGAAUGCAUUAACCAGAGAGUUGUUCAGGAAAAAAUACUUUAUUAAAAAAGUCUCUCUUCUUUGUGUCCAAAAUCUUUUUCUAGACCUUUUCUUCAAUACUGAUGAUGGACUUCAUGGUGAAAUGAGAAAUAUGAUACACCAAGGAGAACUCAAACGUGUCUUUACCUUUAACUUUAACUAUUUUAAAAAUUCAAAACAUAUAAAACAAAAUUUUUGUUACGAUAGUUUAUGUGUGGUAGUAAUGAUUUGGGUUGUUCACCAGAUAUUUUUAUAUCCUUGA